CUGUGAUGUCUCCUCCCUGGAUCAUGAAGUCUUUGAUCACACGAUGGAACUUGCUGCCCUUAUAGCCGUAACCUUUCUGAGGAGAGAAUCUCUGAGUGUUGUCACUGACAGCACAGGUCGGAUAUGCUGAAGCCGAGCGAGCCCAGCGGUUCUGCUUUCCUCAAAGUGGACCCGACUUACAUCCAGCACUGGCAGCAGCUGUUCCCGCAGAACCCGCUGAAAACAGCCGCGCUGGAGAACCUCCGACAGAGACCCAACCUCAUCUCCUCGACCUCAUCGGCAUCUGUACCGGCGCCCUCGAGCGCUCCCUCCGUGUCGUCUUUAGCGGGUUUGAGUCAGCUCGCGGUGCCGCAGAUCGCGCUGUUCGGACAGUCGGACAGCAGCGGCACCGGCGGCUCGUGUCAGGCCAGAGAACUUUCAAACUUUCAGAAUGAUCGCGCGUCCCGUCUGAAGCUGAGCUCCGAGGAACUGGACUUCUAUCUGUACGGCCAGCAGAGGAUGGAGAUCAUCCCUCUAAACAACCACUGCGGAGACGUUCAUAACCGCUGUGACAUGUGUGCGGACAACCGGAACGGGGAGUGCCCCAUGCACGGCCCCCUGCACUCGCUGCGGAGGCUGGUGGGGACCAGCAGCGCCUCGGCAGCCGUUCCCCCCCCAGAGGUCCCGGAGUGGCUGAGGGAUUUGCCCCGUGAGGUGUGUCUGUGCACCAGCACCGUCCCGGGUCUGGGCUACGGCAUCUGUGCAGCCCAGCGCAUCCCACAGGGCACCUGGAUCGGGCCCUUCCAGGGAGUGUCUCUACCGCUGGACAAGGCUCAGUCCGGUCCCGUUCGAAACACAAGACACUUAUGGGAGAUUUAUGAUCAGGAGGGAGCGCUGCAGUACUUCAUUGAUGGUAAUGAACCCAGUAAAUCCAGCUGGAUGAGAUACAUCCGCUGUGCCAGACACUGUGGAGAACAGAACAUGAUGGUGGUGCAGUACAGGUCGUGUAUUUUCUACCGGGCGUGUACAGAUAUUCCUCGUGGAACGGAGCUUCUGGUUUGGUAUAAUGACAGCUAUACGUCUUUCUUUGGAAUUCCGCUGCAGUGCAUCGCUCAGGAUGAAAACUUAAAUGUGCCGACUACUGUAAUAGAGGCCAUGAGUCGACAGGAGACGCUUCAGUCUUUCAGUAAAAGUCCCAAAUCCUCUUCACUGGUUCUGCAGCGUUCACUGGUGUUUCCCCAGACGCCCUCCUCACGGAGCUUCUCUCUCCUGGACAAGAGCGGACACAACGUCACAGAGUCCGUUUUGAACCAGAUGAGCUCGAAAAACCAGCGCGUGCUGGCGAGUCCCACCUCCACCAGUCAGCUGAGUUCAGAGUUCAGUGACUGGCAUCUGUGGAAAUGCGGCCAGUGCUUCAAAACCUUCACUCAACGCAUUCUGCUGCAGAUGCACGUGUGCACGCAAAACCCCGACAGACCGUAUCAGUGUGGACACUGUUCUCAAUCCUUCUCUCAACCCUCGGAGCUGAGGAAUCACGUGGUGACACACUCCAGUGACCGGCCCUUUAAAUGCGGCUACUGCGGCCGGGCGUUCGCUGGGGCCACGACUCUCAACAACCACAUCCGCACACACACGGGAGAGAAGCCUUUCAAGUGCGAGAGAUGCGACCGCAGUUUCACGCAGGCCACGCAGCUCAGCAGACACCAGCGGAUGCCCAACGAGUGCAAACCCAUCAGCGAGAGCAGCGAAUCAAUCGAGGUGGAUUAACGGAUUGACCGGCCGCGAAAAUCAUGAUUAAAUGUCACGGACACUUAAGCAAAACCAAAGAUUUCCUCAGAGAAACACUCAAUCACGCGCGGAAAACCAAAAGCAGUAAUAAAAUAAGUGAGAUGUUAAGAGACAUCGAUCCUGGCACAGGGUGGGGUGAGGGGGUUAUUUAUUAAUGACUUGGCGAAUGAAGAUGUGUUUAGAAGAGCUGAAAAAUAAUAAUAAGUGCGGGAUACAGCACGCGAGUAAAUCCACUUCACACGGCGCUGCGGCUGCGCAGACCGAUCGGCGUUUUUGCAACUGCAGGAUCGCUCGCUCUCGCGAUACUUGGAUGUCAAACGCCGAUCGGUCUCUUCGUGAGGUAAGAAAAUGAAUGUUCUUUGUAUAAAAUGUAAAUUCCGAAUAUUACACAAUAUUGUAUGGCACUUGGGACGAUUAUUUAAUUUUCAAAAUGCAAAAAAAAUGUAUAGAGGAGAAAUCACUGCUUACUUUGAGCUUUCGUACAGUAAAAUAUUUAGCUGUUCAGCAGACUCAGAAAUCCAAAGUUUUAUUACGGGACACUUUUUACUGACCGAGAGCCGUAAGACACGAUUAUUACACGAAAUACAGUUUAUCAGAAAGAAUCUUUAUGAUGUAAAACCAAAGCAAAUGAAACGUGCUUUAUUCUCGAUGGGCUGGUGAUACACGUCUGUCUGAUAAUCAUGAAUUGUGCUGAAAACGUCUUUUGCUCAAAUCCAUCUUUGACUUUUUUGCAUGGUUUCAACAUUUAUCUUUGUACAUAAACAACAGGACAAA